AUGGAUAAUGGGAAGAUGAGCUUUUCACUGGACAAAUGGAGUGGGAAAAAAUGUUACAUGAUAUGUGCAAGGGAACUUUUUAUUGUUUGGGCACAAGAUAAAUCUAGAUACUGGAGUUGGAUAUCUGUGGCUGAGUCCAGGUUUAAGGAGGUGGCUUCUCUAGACGAGGUUUGUUGGCUCGAAAUACGUGGGAAAAUCGAUAUGAGUAUUCUGUCUCCAUGGACUCUCUACAAAGCUUAUCUUGUGUAUAAGUUAACAAAAAGGCAUUAUGGAUUCAAUGUGCCUGUGGAGGUCGCAAUUGCUGAAAGGCAUUAUGGAUUUGAAUACGGACCUCUGGAUGCCGCACUUGGUGAUGAUGAAAAUAAGCAGACAGUGUAUCUCGAUCCAAGUCUGAAAAUUAUGGAUGGAGCUCGACAUCCAAAUGAAAAGAGCGGACGGCUGGUUGGAGAUGGAGCUGGGGAAUCGAGGUCAGGCCAGAAAGAAAGGAAUACUCCGAGGCCAGAGGCAAGGCAGGAUAUUUCAGAGCCAAAGGCAAAAAAGCCUUGUUUUUCUAGGUUCUGA